AUGAAGGCUACCGUGUCACGUCUAGUCCUGGCAAUGUGCUGCUCCCAGGCAUUCGCCAGCCCUGUAACAUUGGCAAGUGUUAAGAACUUGGUAGUUUUUCUGACACCAUGCAGCGGCGACUCUUACUCAACCGUCGGAUUCUGGCCAGGAGGACAGCUACCCUCAGCUGCUAAUCCUAUAGGCAACCCUGGACUACCUGGUCAAACGACCUCGGCCGGACUGAACUGGGUUGGCCAUGUCACUUCUAACCUCAACACGUCGACCAUCUUAACAUACGACUUUGCCUACAGUGGAGCCACAAUCGACAAGAAAAUUGUCAAUUCGUGGGCACAAUACUCCAUGUCGGACCAAGUAGCGCUGUACAAACAAUACGUCGCGCCAGUAAUCAGCGAUGCGGAUACUUUAGUGGCGAUCUGGAUUGGGAUCAAUGAUGUUGGUGAAGCAUUUUGGAGCAAGACUAGCGCUCUUGUCACAGAAUGUGUGAACCGGUACUUUGAACUUCUGCAAGCUCUUGUCGAUGACGGCUUUGACAAGUUUGUUCUGUUAAACAUUCCUGCAUACGCCGAUCAGUUUCCCAAGAUGAUAGGCCAACCUGAAAUUGACCUUGCUCGUCUCAGGGCAGACAUAAUCUCUUAUAACAAAGCAGUACAAUCCAAAGCAGCCGCAUUCGCUUCCUCACACCCAGCCGUCAAACUUCAAAUUUUCGACACCAAACCCUCGUUUGAUCAAGUCAUCGACAACUACGCCAACUACGGAGCAAAGGAUGCCACUUGUUUCGGGUCCAGUAACUGUCUUUGGGCUGAUGAUUAUCACGCCAGUGAGGCUAUUCAUAAGCUUCUGGCACAGAAUCUGGUUAAAGCUGUGCGAGGCACAUUCACGUUUUAG